AUGGGGAAGUAUGUUUCUAUACCAGACAGUUGGCGAAGUAAGAACUACGCCUUUGAGUUUGUUGAAGCAAUCAACAAGGUGGUUGUAAAGAACAUACUGACAGAACUUCGAGUAGCAUCGUUUCACACGCUUAUAGUUGAUGAAAGUACUGACAUAACUGUACAUAAAAUGCUAAUCCUUUAUUUUAAAUUUCGUCCAGUCAAUUCUUUACUCUACAAAACCGUUUUUGGUGGAAUAAUUCAGCUUACCGCAUGUGAUGCCUCAGCUCUGGAGGCAGCCAUAACACAGUACUACACUGAACAUCAACUUGACAUGAACCGCAUGGUAAUGAUAACAUCAGACGGGGCAUCGGUUAUGUUAGGCCGUAGGAAGGGAUUAGCUGCUUUACUGAAGGCUAAGGUCCCCCAUCUUGUUGAACAGCACUGUGUUGCUCAUCGAGAAGACUUGGCACUUUCUGACGCUUGGAAAGAUGUUAAUUUGUUUAAAAAUAUUGAGGUUCUCUUACGCACGGUUUACACGUUAUUUAGUCGAUCUUCAGUUAAAAAGGGCGCACUUGAAGAAUUGGCUAAUGUGCAUGAUAUGGAUGUAAUUUCUUUUCGACCAAUUCAUGAAGUUCGUUGGUUGUCACGUCACUUUGCUGUCAGUGCUUUUGUUAGAAAUCUUGAUGUCUUAGCUGCCUACUGUGAAGAACAAGUCCAAGACUGCAAUGAUCCUGUUUGUUGUUAUAUUUUGAAAUCAUUAAGAGAUCCCCUGUAUCAAGUUGCUCUGUAUACCGUUAAUGAUGUAUUAACUGAAUUAGCUAAUCUAUCAAUGUUGUUGCAGCGAAGUAAUUUAUCAUCUAUUGAAGCACAUCAAUUUUGCAUUUCUAAAAUACGCAAAUUAGAAGCACAAUACCUUAGUGAAGAUGUUUAUUGGAAUGAUAAAGCCAAGAAAAUUUUGAAUGAAAACGUAGGAAUCGACACAAGACAAAUCACACAGUUUAUACGAUCAGUCUGGGAUCAUUUAAAUGUAAGGUUUCCAGGAGAUGAACUUCAGUUUUGGUCAGCUUUUGAUCAUACUGGUUUAAAAAAUUGUGCAUUUGAGUUUGGCGUCAAAGAGAUUAAAGAGCUGUGCGGAAAGUACAAAGAUGUGUUACAAACAACAAAUGAAGAGUCAAUUAUCACGCAAUAUAAUGACUUCAAAUUUCAGAUCAGCGAAAAACUCAAAUCAGGUUCACAUCCAGCGCUGAUUGCGAGCGAGGUUUUAGCCUUAUGA